AUGCUACCAAGAAACAGCAAAGAAAAGGCAACAAGCAAGACAAAUGGUACCUGCGAAACCAAAAACAGCACCUGUAAGUUCGACCUCUUCCCAACGCAUUAAAUCGACGCUUCAAGCUCAAAGGAUUCAAUGUAAGCAACUUCAAUCUGAGAUAAAACAAAUGAAGCUUGAAGUUGAACAUAAGAGUGUAGCAGUCACCCAGGGAUCUUAGUCAUGCUUUACUUAGCAUUAUCUCAGAAAGCAGUGACAAAAUGACACCAUUCAUCAAGUUGUUCUGGGAGCAACAAAAAAAAAUGUACCACGUUCAGCCCAGGGCAGAAGGUAUCACCCUACUAUUAUUCGCUGGUGUAUUUCCAUAGCAGCAAAAUCAGCAUCGGCAUAUGAUGAACUAAGAGAUACAUUCAAAGAUAAUAUUGUCCUGCCAAGUAAAAGGGUCCUCAGAGAUUAUAGCAAUGCUAUAACCCCCAAGACUGGAUUUAAUCCAGGGGUGAUUAAAGAGAUAAAGGAGGCAACAAAACACUAUUCCAGUAGCCAAAGAUAUGUUGCCAUUCUUUUUGAUGAAAUGAAGGUGCAAGGAAAUUUGGUGUGUGAUAAACAUUCUGGAAAGCUGAUUGGCUAUGUUAAUCUAGGUGACCCAGAUAUUAAUUUUGCUACUCUGGAAAAUAUUGAUGAGAUUGCAACUCAAGCCCUUCUGUUUAUGGUUAGAGGAAUUACCACAACCCUGAAGCAUAUGCUUGGGUAUUUCGCUACAGCUGCUGUGACCGCAGUUCAGAUGUUCCCAAUAUUUCGGAGAGCUGUCAGUAUCUUGGACAUGAAUUGUAAUCUAGCAGUUGUUGCGGCAACUGCUGAUGGAGCAUCUCCAAACAGAAGAUUCUUCCAAAUGCAUGCAGGGAUUCAAGGGAACACUGAAAAUGAUGUUGUGUUCUGCACAAAGAAUCUGUUCAAUCCAGAAAGAAAUAUUUAUUUUUUUAGUGAUGUACCCCAUCUCUUAAAAACUGCUAGAAAUUGUCUAUUUAACUCCGGAUCGGGUGAUAAUUAUAAAUAG